CUUUGAUACCAAACCAAACCAUAUUUAGUCUAGUAAUCUAAAUAUAUGAUUAGCAUAAGUUGGAAACACCAAAAGUAAUGUUGAAAAUUUGAAAGAAUAAAAAGCAAAAGGGCAUCUAUAUUAAUACUUUUAGAUUAUUAGUUGUAACACUAACACAUUGGCUUUCACAAAUCACAAAAAAACAACUCUUUAUUGCCACGCUGUGUCAGGAUCAGCACCACAUGAGAUACAGAGUGAAGAGAGAGAGUAGCUUGAAACUUGAAAGAGGGUAAAUAAGAACAACAAAAAGUAAAAAAGAAAUAUAAAAAGUAAAGGGAAGAUAGAUGCCCACUUUCAUAGUUUCCUUGUUCCAUUUGAACAAAAAUCGUCUGCAAAAAUCACCAUAAAGAAGAAAACCACCCCUCUUACUUUGAGUUUAGAGUUAGAGUAAUUACAUUAUACACUCGUCUGUUCUAUAAAAAAGGAGAGAGAGAGAGAGAGAGAGAAAAAAAAAAUCGAGAUCUGAUUUCGGUCAGUGAGUUGCCAACAUGACGAUCCAUAUGCAUCGCCAUAGAUAGACCUUCUGAAAGCUUUUCGCUUUUUCCCUUUUAGUUCUCAUUCAAGAAAACCCAUUAGAUCGAUUCAACUCCUAGAGAUUGAGCAAGAGAGUUUGAGCAUGCUACGGAAGAAUUUGUAGAUGAACACAAAGAUUCAAAUGGAAGAUUGGUCAAAGUAUUCCCAUAGUCCUGCACAUUUAGCUGUAGUACGAGGUGACCAUACAGCCCUCAAGAACAUUAUCUCAAUCCUCCCUCGCUUAGCAAAAGCAGGCGAUGUUACAACCGAAGCCGAAUCAAUAGCCGCCGAAUCAGAUGCCGAUGCCGUCUCAGCCGUAAUCGACCGCCGCGAUGUUCCAUUCCGCGAAACCCCUCUUCAUUUAGCUGUUCGUCUGAAAGAUCCGAUUUCAGCCGAGAUUUUAAUGGCGGCUGGAGCAGAUUGGAGUCUUCAAAACGAAAAUGGAUGGAGUGCACUUCAAGAAGCUGUGUGUAAUCGGGAAGAAAACAUAGCCAUGAUCAUCGCUAGACAUUAUCAGCCUCUCGCAUGGGCUAAAUGGUGUCGUAGGCUCCCUCGUAUCACCUCUUCUGCUUCCCGGAUUCGUGAUUUUUACAUGGAAAUAACAUUCCAUUUUGAAAGCUCUGUGAUUCCGUUUAUAGGCAGAAUCGCUCCUUCUGAUACUUACAGGAUUUGGAAACGUGGGUCGAAUCUUCGAGCUGAUAUGACUCUUGCUGGAUUUGAUGGGUUUAGAAUCCAAAGAUCUGAUCAGACUUUCAUGUUUUUAGGAGAUGGGUUUUGUUCUGAAGAUGGUAAAGUCUCAUUGCCUCCUGGUUCUUUAAUCGUUCUUUCUCAUAAAGAAAAAGAAAUCACAAACGCAUUAGAGGGAGCUGGAGCACAGCCUUCUGAAUCUGAAGUUGCUCAUGAAGUUGCAUUAAUGUCUCAAACAAACAUGUAUAGACCUGGAAUCGAUGUUACACAAGCUGAACUUGUUCCUCAUUUGAAUUGGAGGCGACAAGAAAGAACAGAAGUUGUGGGCCCAUGGAAAAGCAAGGUUUUUGAUAUGCUUCAUGUGAUGGUGAGUGUGAAAUCAAGAAGGGUUCCUGGUGCCAUGACAGAUGAAGAGCUUUUUUCCACAAAUGAUCACGAAAGGGUAACUGGAAAUGAUGAAUAUGAUGAUGUUUUGACACCUGAAGAAAAAAUGCAACUGGAUUCAGCCCUAAAGGGAGGGAAUCCAGAUGGGAUUUGUGAUGAUGAAGAACAUGAAAAUGGUCAUACGGGUUCAUCUGGAAACAUUGAAUCAAAUGGUGUAACAAAGGAUAAAAAAGGUUGGUUUGGUUGGAACAAGAAAGGUUCAAAAACUGGAGGUGGAGGUGAUGAUGAUCAUGAGGACUCAAAGAUUUUAAAGAAGUUUUCUAAGUUAAAUGAUAGUCAACAAAAGUCUUCAUCUGAGGACAAUGGGGAGGGUAAAAAGGGGAAAGAUAAGAGUGGUAAGAAGAAAAAGAAGAAAGGAUCUGUGACAGAGGGUAAGCAUGAAAGUGAGUAUAAAAAAGGGUUGAGGCCUGUUUUAUGGUUGACACCUGAUUUUCCAUUGAAAACGGAUGAGCUUUUGCCUUUACUUGAUAUUUUAGCUAAUAAGGUUAAGGCCAUAAGGAGAUUAAGGGAGCUUUUAACUACUAAACUACCUCAAGGCAUGUUUCCAGUCAAGAUUGCAAUUCCAAUUGUACCAACAAUUAGGGUUCUUGUAACAUUUACAAAAUUCGAGGAGCUACAACCUCCAUCGGAGGAAUUUUCAACUCCUCUAUCAAGUCCAGCUCAUUUCCAAGAUGCUAAUAAAUCCAAAGAAGCAGAAGGAUCAGGUUCAUGGAUCUCAUGGAUGAAAGGAGGAGGUCAAUCAAGCGACAAUGAAGCUAGCAGCAGCUUUAGAGAUGAAACAGAUCCGUUUAAUAUUCCAUCUGAUUACAUGUGGGUGGAUGCUAAUGAGAAGAAACGUAGGAUGAAAGCUAAGAAAGCUAAGAUUAAGAAACAUAAUAAGAAGCAGCAAUCAGCAGCUAGGAAUCUUGAAAAUGGAAAUGGUGGAGAACGCAGAGUAAAUGAAGAAUUGGAAUAAGUGUGGUUGAGUUGAGUUGGAUUUAGCAACAAAAGAUAAGAUGAAUCGUGUUCUUUAUUGGGUUUGAUUGAGGAUGAUGGGAUUUAGGGUUUUAAGUUGUUGAGAUUGAGUAAGAAGAGGUAUAUGAUCUUCUUGUUUGUUGUUCCAUUGUUGUAACUUGUAAUUUUAGUUUUGAAAUUUGAAAUGUGAUGCUGAAAAAUUGAAAUUCAGUUGGGUUUUUGGGUACCAUGUUUUGUGACUCUGAAACAUGGUGCAUUGAUAAUUAUUUUAUUUUGUUAUUAUUAUGUUGUUUACUUGUAUUUUCUUUUUAUUAAAUUAUAUACAGUUUGUUAGCGUGGGU